AUGAAUACCAAGAAUUUGGGGUUAUUUGAAGAGGGAAUCAAUCCUAAUAGACCAUACUAUAUACCUUCUGAAUAUUCAUAUGAUAUAAAUCAAGGAAUAAGGCGAAAUGUAACGGAACAGUCUUCAAAUAAGAAUUGGACAGAAUCAGAAUAUUUGAACUAUUUUAAUCUAGAAGGAAAUAAAAAGUUAUUAAAAACAUUAUUAUUGGAAACAGUUUUUCUAUAUUUAAGUGUAUUUAUAGCGCAGCCGUUUGAAAUUGCAAAAACACUUUUACAAUGUCAAUAUCAUGUUAAACCAGGGUUACAAAGUGAUAUAGAGGAUAAAAAUAAAUUUUUUUCUGAGAAAAUGGAAGAAGAAGAUGAAGAUAAUGAUUCUAUAAUAUCGAAUGAAUCAGAUCCUCCAUAUUUUCGUGAUCCAGAUUCCCUUAUAUCGUCACCUGAUAUAUCUUGUACUUCUAAAAAGAGCAUUGUUGAUCGUGAAGGAUAUGUUUUAACAUCACCAGAUAAUCAUGAAAUAUAUUUUCCGUGGCAAAUUAAUGUUCAAAAUUGUGGUAUAAGAAUGGCAAUGUCUACUUUAUGGAAAAAAGAAGGAAUUCUUAGUUUAUGGAAAGCUCAAAAUAUUUCUUUUGUUUAUAAUGUUUUAUUUUCUAUUACCGAAUCAUGGAUUUCCUCUUUUUUAUUAUCUAUUUUUUCUUUUCCGACCUUUAUUUCACGAACUAUUGAUUUUGAUAAUUUGUUAAGUUCAUCUUUUAUAUCUUUAACAUCAUCUGCUUUUACUUCUUUACUUUUAGCACCAAUUGAUACCGCUAGAACACGCAUCAUGUUAACUCCAAAGUAUCUGAAAUCUCACCAACAUCUUUCCUCAGAACCUUUUUUUUCUUUUUUAAUAUGUCCAACAAUGCUUAUUUUACCAACUUUAUUCUAUGCUACCUUACCUAAUGCUUUUUCUUAUAUUGUUUCUAUAUUUUUUAAUCGAUCUGGACUUGUUAUAGAUUCUUACGAAACACCCAUUAUGUACAAUCUCAUUUCACUUCUUUCUUCAUUAACUCAUCUUUUUAUAAAAUUACCAUUGGAAACAAUUCUUCGUAGAGCACAACUUCAUAUAUCUAAUCUUAAACAUUCUCUUAUUAAACCUGGAAGGUAUAUUGGCAUUUCUGGCACUAUUUGGUGUAUUUUAUAUGAAGAAGAUUCUCGUCCCUAUGGUUUAAAUGGAUUUUAUAGAGGAUUAAAAAUGAGUUUAUAUACUCUUAUUGGUAUUUGGUCACUUGGUUUUACUUCUUUAUCUUUAGAUUUACCUUCCAACUUAACUAAUCUUUCAUCAUUCCAAUAA